AUGCAUUUCCUAGCGCUCCUAGCUCUGCCUAUCCUUUCGGCUGCAGCCCUAACCCAAGGCGCUCCCACAAGAAGCGGCACCACUGCCAACAUCACUCAGAUCCAUGCUUCCCAAGUCCCUGUCGGAGCCGUUCUCACCCAUUGUGCGGUCCCAGGCACAAUCGCUCUCACUUUUGACGAUGGCCCGUAUGUGUAUACGCCGCAGAUCCUGGAUACCCUGGCCCAGCACGGUGCACGAGCAACCUUCUUCUUGAACGGCCAAAACCGAGGAUCCAUAUAUGACUUCCCAGAGGUUGUGCACCGGACUUGGGAAGAAGGACAUCAGCUGGCUUCGCAUACAUGGAACCAUCCCUCUCUUGACACGCUUCCAUACGACGAGAUUGUGCGUCAAAUGACAGAGCUCGAAGACGCGUUCAUGCGCAUCCUCGGGUUCUUCCCGACCUACAUGCGUCCGCCUUACCUCGUGGCUACCCCGGCCGUCCUCACCGCCAUGGCUGAUCUUGGCUAUCAUGUCAUCAGCGCCAGUGUUGAUACCAAGGACUAUGAGCAUGACGACCCGAAUACCAACUGGGUUAGCUUUCAAAAGUUUGUGGCAGAAGUCAAUGCCGGGGGAACGAUUGUGUUGGCGCAUGAUUCGCAUCAGUAUACUGUUGAACUUCUGGUCGAGAAUAUGCUUACGGAGAUCGAGCAGAGGGGCCUGAGUGCUGUUACCGUUGGCGAGUGUCUUGGAGACCCGGCUGAUCUUUGGUAUCGUACCGGGCGAUAA